CGUCCGGGAGAGAGUGUAAUAUGGCGAAGACCUACGAUUACCUGUUCAAGCUGCUGCUGAUCGGGGACUCGGGGGUGGGGAAGACCUGUGUCCUGUUCCGCUUCUCCGAGGACGCCUUCAACUCCACUUUCAUCUCCACCAUAGGAAUUGACUUUAAAAUUAGGACCAUUGAGCUCGAUGGCAAGAGAAUCAAGCUGCAGAUAUGGGACACAGCAGGUCAGGAACGGUUUCGGACGAUCACAACGGCCUACUACAGGGGUGCGAUGGGCAUCAUGCUGGUCUACGACAUCACCAACGAGAAGUCAUUCGACAACAUCCGGAACUGGAUUCGGAACAUUGAGGAGCACGCCUCCGCAGACGUGGAAAAGAUGAUACUGGGGAACAAAUGCGACGUGAACAACAAGAGGCAGGUGUCCAAGGAACGGGGAGAAAAGCUGGCCCUCGACUACGGGAUCAAGUUCAUGGAGACCAGCGCCAAGGCCAACAUCAACGUGGACAGCGCAUUUUUCACUCUUGCCAGAGACAUCAAAGCAAAAAUGGACAAAAAAUUGGAAGGGAACAGCCCGCAGGGGAGCAACCAGGGCGUGAAGCUCGCACAGGACCAGCAGAAGAAGAGCAGCUUCUUCCGGUGCGUCCUCCUGUGAGGUCGCUGUCCCCCGAGCCUCACUCUCCGAGCUGACUGUGCCUGUCUCGAGCAAGCCCCGCGCUCAGCUCAGCCGGGGCUGCCAUCGCCACAGGGUCCACGGCCACCAGAACACAGUUGAGAAAUUGUUUAUUUUAGUAACUGUCUGACCUUUUCAACUUGGAGACGGAAGUGAAGAGUUUGCUAUUUUUCCUGAAAUGUCUGCCAAACAGGGCCCACUCGUCACAGAGGCAGAGCUCAACGGAGACGAGAUGUGAUCGGGCACAACCACCACCAUGGUGACCUCCGUCUCUGGGCCUCCAGUCCCGUGUCAGCCCAGCACAGCUAACACCCACCUGUCCCCUCCUCCACCGCGUGGGCCGCCAGCCUCCAUGGCCUGAGCAAGGCGACCAGUCACCCAGGAAAUUUCCCCCCACUUUGACCUCCUCGUUUUUGGACAAGUGACAAAAACCAUUUCCCCGUCUGUCUUCUUUUUGCCUGUUAAACCAAAGGGAAGCACAAAUGAAGAAAGCAGCGGGAAGGAAAGCGGCCUGGGGUGGCCUCUGCUGUCCACAGCCAGGUGUGGUCACACCGAGGGGACACUGCCCGCCACAGGUGACACGGGCGCCCUCCUCUCAGCGGCCCCCUGGCCCUGUCCUCCUCACGCUCCUGCCAUCUCCAAAUCGGACGUCCUUCCUCGCUGAGAUUUUUUAUUUUUCCAGAUCCGUAGUGCCAUGAAGCGAUUCCGACUCUGAUUUCCAUCAGCAGGCCCAGGCAACUGGGAGCAGUGGGAGAUGGUCCCAGCCCCACGUGGCCGAGAGCGUGAGGCUGUCCCCACAUGCCCAUGUCCCCCAGUCUGGGACACAAGCAUUCCACGGUGACAGCCGUCUGGGUGACUUUCUCCUCUCGUCAUCUGGACAGCUUUGCCCGCCCAGAGAGAGUCGGUUGGGACCAGGUAGCCCGGCCGGAGGGGACCCGGGGGCCUCUUAGGUUUUCGCGCCGUCAGUGGCAGCCAUUGACACCGUACUCCCUCCUUUUCUGAAUUAAAACCAGUGUACCAGCACCAGCCUGCUCUCCUGAUUACGUCUGCAGUCGCCUCAGCGAAGCCACGAGCUAAAACUCUGGAAAGCGAACAGCUUUUCAUGUGCACCGUUUGCCCCAAGGUCAGGUGGCCCGUUGGGCGAUAGAGACAAAGGACCCCCUUGACCAAAAAGAGCCCACACUGGAGUGGAGGCGUGGCUCAAGCACUGUAAUGCCUACUUUGUAAGCACAAAGCCCUGAGUUCAAA